AUCGAGAGAGAUGAGAGACGAGUUUAGAGUGUGUUUGUUUGGCGGGGGCGAUUGAAGAAUCUUUGACCGGUGAAGAUGAUGAAGCCUCCGCGCCGUCAUGAGAAGGAGGGGUUCUGAGUUUUCAUGUGAGAAAGUUGCUCAUGUGGUUAUGCUCGACUUGUACCACAGGUCGCUCGUGAUUUAUUUUCACGACGACGCUUUCAGACUUGCUUUGCUUGAUGACGGCUUACGAGAAGUAUUCCGGACUUUGUUGCUUUUGCUUGCUAGCUCAUUGCAGAUUUGCUAUCCGUUCGGUAUUGUCUCCUUUUCCCUUUUACUCUUUCGCGCAUCAUAUGAUGCCAUGAGAAAUAGGGUAGGCAUGAAACAUCAUUCUUAACAUGAGAAGUAGGGUAGGAAUUCAUCUGGCCAGGCCCUCGAAAGAGGCUCUAUUUUUGUUGGCAUGUUUAUGUUUGUGCUUGCAGGAAGUCCUAACCAAGACCAUUGUAAGUCCUCAAGAAGGCAAGCGGAGAGGGUUCGUAAUCAACCCCCACAACUUUCAGUCCCCAGGUUGUCCCUAUGCUCACUUAUUGCAAGUUUAGAGCUCUGGACAAGUCCCCAAGAUCGUCGAGUCGAAGGCCCAAUGAGUAAAGUGAAGCGGGUCCAUGCAAUCGGACCCUCGCAUUUCUUCGCUCAUGUCGACCAACAUUGAUGCUCGGUGUACGCACGCACCACUUUCCUUUUAGAUCUGUGACGGCUUGGUUGCUGAGAGGAAUUCGCUCCUCUUGUCUAUGGCCCGAUCUCUUUGCGCGAGGUCUAAUACUUGGUUGUCUCGGGUGAUCCGCUUCCCUUGGCUAUGGCGAGACCGCUUUUCUACUACUUGGCCUACGCCAGUAGGUGUUUGCUUUACGAGCGAAACUCGUUUGUGUGAUACUUUUGCUUGCAUUCGCCUUUCCCCAUAUGUUUCUAGUUUAGAGUAGUCUUUCACCCUUUGUAUGAUAACAUAGGUAGCAAGCUUUCUCCCUUAGCUUAGGUUUUCCUCAUGCAUUCUUUAAAACACAAACCACACUCUUUGAUUUUCUUUUCUUAAGAGCUUGUUAUUUCUGCUCCAUUCCCAGCAUAAGUCUCCAAAGGUCGAGCAGCGGAGUACGAAUGUAACUCGUUCACCUAAAAAACACAAAAAAAGAAAUUAGUUAGCCGAUCUACGAUACCUCUGAUUCCUCAAAAAAGGAUACGUAGGUAGCAGGGUAGGGCCCGUGCGAGUACAAUUCUUUCUUUUCCCUACAUUUUGCAUGCAUAUUAGUCUAGAUUAGCGCAGUUUGCUUACACACCCAUAGUUUUAGACACAAGCGUGGAUACCAUCGAGUACGAUGGGCGCGAGGGGUGCUAAUACCUUCCCCUCGCGUAACCGACUCCCUUACCUUCUUCUCUGGUCGUGAGACCGGUGCUUUGUUUCAUGGUUUGCUGGCAUUCCUUUCCUUUUCAGGAUAAAUAUGUUAGUGGCGACUCUGUUAAUUUUCACAAUAGCGACAAAUGUAUGCCUGAUUAUGGAUGGAAUGAUUAUUUCCAAGAUACAAAGAGUGGAUGGAGGGUGCCCUUGCAGAAAGGUUAUUGCUUGUGGAAAGUUUUUGUGAAAGUGUUUAGCUCGACUACUCGACACUUGUCUCGAUAUCCAAGACUCAAUUGAAGGUGAAGAAAGGGACUGUUACUGGCCUGUCCCAGCCUGCACGGUCCCUUGAGAAAGAACUCUGAUGCGCCUGAAUCACGGAGAUUUGCAAUGGUCUGCCCCAAUGUUGAUCAUGGGAUGAAUGCCCUAGAUUGAAAGGAAUUAUUCCAAUUAAUGUAUUCUUCAGGUAUUUUCUCCAUGGAUGACCAACCUUUUCCCCUGUAAGACUACUCAAUGGAAUUUCACUAUAAAACUUUCCUUGGUAUCAAGUACUUACUUUCAGAUUAGAGACACUUCUUUUUUGAAAAGAAAUGAGGAUGCAUUGCACAUGUUAAUCUCAAAGUCACAGUUUUUAUUUGUCAAGAAUGUUGUAAUGAUACUAACACAAAUGACAAGCAACAUUUUAUGAUUCAGUUUGACAUGAUUUUACUGUUUGUAUGCUUUCAAAACAAACCCUGCUUCAGUUAGGACUUUUAAGGGUUGUAACAUGGCCUGGUUCACGGUUUUGAGAAACAAAGGAUAAAGGCUCCAAUUCUACUUAACCCACCCAUUCUUCAUGAUGUUCUCCGGUCAUACGUUCAGCUAGUUCGACACGAGUAUUCACCUUUCAGGAAGGAUUGUAAUGGACAAGGAUCCUUUAUGGUUUUGAUGGAGGUGGCAAUCACCCUUUGGUGCUUUUAUUGAUGGUCAUAACAACUUGUCCCUUGGAGGAUUUUUUUUGUCUUUUGCUUUCAAAUUUUUUUUCUUUUUUUUUUGACUUGGCGGGCUAUUGCUUCAUUUUUUUUAUUCAUAAUUUUCUUUCGCCCUUUCUUUUUUGUUGUCUCUUGUUCGGGAACAAGUUGUAUGACUUUUGUGAUUGGCUUGAUGAAAAGGUUGUGGCUGCCUCAUUCUCAGUAAGCGAGAGACGUCCAUUGUGGAUUGUACUAUUCUACUUUUAUUGUGAGAGAUGGGAUAUGAUUGAUCUUCUGAUGAAAUACCUGAAAGUUGAGCGCUCAAUCGAACUAACUAAAGACUACCCUGCCCCUGAUUAAGAUUGAGGAUUUUAUAUUUUUGAAACGAAACUCCUACUCCUUAGGCUAAAAGGGGUUGACGAGGGUUUCAAUCCCUUAUAACUCCAAUGUUUAAUAACUGAAACAAUGUGUGUACAUCGUUAGCUGGAUUUUUGUUACAAAAGCAUACGGUUAGUAAUUCAUACAUUUUUUAUUUUCAUCAUUCUCCUUUUUUUGAAUGCUUUAGACAAAUGAGUUAAAUCUCAAUGAACAUAAUGACAAAAAUAAAUGAUUUGAGAAAAACAUGUACAUUGCAUUAUUUUUAUUUAUUCAAACAGAAUGAGUUUCUUACAAUGAGCAGUACUUGAUAACAACGAAAAUAGUACAGUUGAAAAUGCUUGAGAAAUCUAAACAAUGGCAAGAUUGGCCUUAUUCUGAUGCAAAUGAAAAUUUCUCUGACAAACACAAACUCUUUAGGCUCCACUAGUGGAAGGUGCCCCAUGAGGAGGCGUGGGGUUAUCUGAUAGUAGCUUGAUUCGUUAGACCAAUAUUGAGAAUCUAUGUUCAGAAUCUAGUUUUGAUGAUAACAAACGUAUAUUUUGUGAGUAACAAUUUUAUUACUAAUGAUAUCAUUGAGUGUGCAGAUAUUAUGCUAUAAGCCUUAUACGACAACAUCAGAAAGAAAAGCACAGCAUCAGACAAGCACAACAUCAAAAAGAAACUCAGACAAGAGUUAUGGAUUUAAACAGAAAUAUCAAGGUACAUGAAGAUUCGUUACAACAAGAAAUCACAUGAUUAGAAGAUCAGAAGUUCUGAUAAAGUAACACAGUGACAUACAAAAAGCUACAACAACAAAGUCACACGCGGACAAGAAAAGAAAAUACAACCUCAGCCUACAAAGUGCAAAAGUUCAUAAUCAAAAGAAAAACCGUUACAAACAUCAUCAUUAGCAAAACAGUUGCAAAUAAUUAAUGGAACAACUCCCAAGGUUGAUUGAAGAAGCAACCCACAUGCAGCGCGUUGGAAAGACAAGCUUAACCAAGGAAACAUGCUACCAACUGUUAUCAUCGCGCUAGAGAUAAGAUUCUGCCGUGAACAAUACUUGUCAUUACUGAUUCAAUCGAGACAAAGCAUUCAAAACAAUCUUCAAACAAAUCUCAACGGCUAGAUUCCAACGGUAACACAUCAAGCUAUAUAUAUAGAUCAAACUUCAAACUUGAAUGUGUGCAUCCAGAGUGUGUAUCCAUAAUGCAUCUAUAGAGUACAACAAAAGAGAGAUCUUGAGAGAAAAUCUGUAGAAGAGCAGCUGAGCAUGAAAGCGUAAAAGAAAAAUGUGGAACCAUGCUCCAGAAGUUACACAAGAGGCAACACAUACUUAGUAUGUGAUGAAUCAAUCCAUAGUGUUGUUAUACACUAAUUAUAAGCCUAUGUGAAGAAAACAUAAAAGAGUGAAAAAUAAAUUUAUGCUAUUAAGCAGUAUCCUCCAAUGGAGUUUUAAGAAAUCCACUAAUACUUGAUCAGUUUAAAUAUUGCUCACAUUAAAUGACUAGAGAAACUGAACACACUGAAUUGCUGCUCGAAAGUGUUUCAUGUUUGCUUAUGAUCAGUAUUCAAGAAGAAGAUGAAUAUCCACGCACAAGAAGCAAUCAACAUGAGAGCUAUUGCUCCAUAUCUGCUUAUGAAGAAGAAAAGAAGAUGGUCUAACAAGAAGGAAUUAGAUUCAAGAGUUGAAGCACUAAUCUCCUUAAUCAAACCAGAGAAGACCAAACUAAAAUUACAAUUCAAGUAACUCACACGCGAUGUCGUACUGGAUGUUAUGACAUCCACAAUCACACAGAAUAAUACUUUAAAACAAAAGUGCAUAAAAAAAGUAAAGAACACAGCAAAUUGUUCACCCAGUUUGGUAUACAACAAUACCUACUCUGGGGACUACCAAGCCAGGGAGGAAAUCCAAUAUAAGCAGUAUUAUUUCAGAGUUAAAAUCCCCCGUUUAUAAAUCCUCACUUAAGACCUACCCAAUAUAAUUCCAAUCUAAUCCUAGACCUGAGUAUCUCCGCUCACUCCCCCUUAAUCACAUUACUGAUUACAAACAAACAUUAAUCAAAUAAGAGAGAAGACACACAUCAAAACACACCUUGAUCUGCUUAAAUGCUUCAAUCAAGAGACACACACUCAUGCUUAUAAGCUUAGAGUGACAAAGUACAAAAACAACCUAUUCCAAUACAAUCAUCAAAAGACAAUUGCUUGGAGUACAAGAGACUAAACACACAAACAUAUAACUACGGUUCUUCACAAUUAACAAAUAUCUCUGCGUUCCAAAUUAGGAUUGCAGUCUUCUUAUAUGCAUCUCUUGGGCCUCGGGCUUUCCAAGAAACAAAUUAGGGUUAACCAAGUUAACCUAAUUCACACGUCAUCAGGCUGUUACAGAAUGUGCUGUUAACGAAAUCUUCUAGGAGAAAUAUUUAGCACACAAUAAAAUGUUUCCUAAAUUGUAGAUUGAGAGAAAUCAGGAAACAUAAUAGUAAAACAUAACAGCUCCUGCUGUCAACCAUGAAUGACAUGACAUCGGUCAUGACAUUCACUGACAAAACCUGUAUUUCCUUAAACAUAUGCAGCCUGCAUAACACCAUAUAAAGCAUGUCAUGACAUUGGUCAAGACAUUAAACACCCAGGUAUGUUUUACCAAAAAUGCAGACAACAUGAAAACACUUACAAUCUCCCCCUUUGGCAAAUUUUUGGCUAAAACAAUCUGUCACACCAUAUCAGAGAAACACUUGCAGUAGAAAACACACAACCAUACACAAUCAGAGCUAAUACAAUACAACAUACCACACAAAAAGCAUACACUACUACUACCAUCCGUAUGCAUACAUCAACCACAACUGCUGAUACUUCUACACAACAAUCAUCAAAGCACAUAACAUGGCUACACUACCACUACAACCAUACCACAUGAGCAGCUGUCAAGUAUAACAGAAAUAAACUACUAUACUACACACAAUCAUAUUAAUCAGAUCAACACAAAAUAAGCAUCGGAAAUGUUGAUCACACAUGCUUGUUGUUCCGGGGUGACAUUUACUACCCCCCUGUUUGGCCACAAAAGUUGCCAAAGCAAGCAAUCCCCUUUUAUAUAAAGAAAUUUAUGAUUCCUCAUAGAUGCAGACUCCUAACUUGCUUCGCAAGUUUUCAAACUAUGUUGCAUCAAGAGCUUUUGUGAAUAUGUUAGCUAGCUGAACUUCAGUGGAUACAUGUUCCAAGCAAAUCACUUUGUCUUCUACAAGUUCUCUAAUAAAGUGAUGUCUGAUAUCAACAUGUUUGGUUCUACUAUGCUGAAUUAGAUUCUUGGAGAUGUUGAUAGCACUGAGAUUGUCACAGUACAAAGCCAUGACAUUCUGUGUAACAUUGUAUUCAGUCAUCAUUUGUUUCAUCCAAACUAGUUGAGAACAGAUAUUACCAGCUUGCUAUGUAUUAUGCUUCAGCAGUUGAUAACGAGACACAAUUCUGCUUCUUGCUAAACCAUGAUAUGAGAUUAUUUCCUAGGAAGAAACACCCUCCAGAUGUGUUUUUUCUAUCAUCAGCACUUCUAUCCAUGUCAGCAUCACAAUACCCAGUUAGGAUAGGGUCACACCCGUGAGUGUAUAAUAUGCCAUGGUCAGAAGUUCCAUUUACAUAUUUGAAGAUUCUCUUGACUUGGUUUAUGUGACUUACCUUGGGUUCUGCUUGAUAUCUAGCACAUAAUCCGACUGCAAAUGCAAUAUCUGGUCUGCUGGCUGUUAGAUAUAGCAAACUUCCAAUCAUGCUCCUGUACAAACUCUGGUCAACACUUGUGCCCCCUUCAUCUUUAGAUAACUUUAGGUGUGUUGGAGCAGGAGUUCUUUUGUGACUAGCACUAUCCAUUCCAAAUAUUUUGACUAUGUUCUUGGCAUAUUUGCUUUGAGACAAAAAGAUGGAGUCUUCCAUUUUCUUAAUUUGUAGUCCAAGGAAGUAUGCCAAUUCUCCAACCAUACUCAUUUCAAACUCAGUCUGCAUUUGAGUGACAAUGUGUUUUACCAUUCCAUCUAACAUUCCACCAAACACUAUAUCAUCCACAUAUAUCUGAGCAAUCAUGAUCCUUCCAGCUUCAUUUUUUACAAAGAGAGUUUUGUCUAUUCCUCCUUCCUUGUAUCCAUUUGUGGUCAGAAAUUCAGUUAAUCUCUCAUACCAAGCUCUGGGAGCUUGUUUCAAACCAUAGAGAGCUUUUCUUAGUUUGUAGAUAUGGUCAGGAAGAUUUGGAUCAGCAAAGCCUUUAGGUUGUUCCACAUAUACUUCCUCAUUCAAGUAUCUGUUCAAAAAGGCACUUUUUACAUCCAUCUAAUAUAGCUUGAACUUCAAGAUGCAGGAUACUCCUAGAAGUAAUCUGAUUGAAUCAAGUCUUGCCACAAGAGCAAAGGUCUCAUCAAAGUCUACUCCCUCUACUUGAGUGUAUCCUUGAGCUACCAGUCUGGCUUUGUUUCUAGUUAUGAGUCCUUGUUCAUCAGAAUUGUUCUUGUAUAUCCACUUGGUACCAAUAAUAUUGGUUCCUUCAUGUCUAGGUACCAGUUCCCAUACUUCAUUUCUUUUGAACUGUUCAAUCUCAUCUUGCAUGGCACUGAUCCAAAAUUCAUCUGUCAAGGCUUCCUUCACAUUUUUUGGUUCAAUUUUGAACAAAAAGCAAUAGUUGGCAAUGGUUCCUCUUGAUCUAGUCAUUAUACCACUGUUGAGAUCACCUAUGAUAAGUUCCUUGAGAUGAUCUUUAUGAAUUAUGAUAGAUGGAUCUUUGUUAAUUGCUUCAGGUUCAGGUUCUGAGGGAGGCUCAUUACUGACUUCAGGUUGGUCUGACUUCUCAGCCUGAAUUUCAAGGAAUGUUCUGACAUUCUCUAUGACAUAGAAUUCUCCAUUUUGGUCAUCAAAAAUAACAUUGAUGGAUUCCAUCAAGACUUGUGUUCUAGUGUUGAAUACUCUAUAAGCUCUGCUGUUUGUGGAGUAUCCCAAGAAUAUACCUUCAUCACUUUUGGAAUCCAUUUUCCUUCUUUGUUCACGAUCUGUCAAGAUGUAGCAGUUGCUUCCAAACACAUGAAAGUACUUAACUGUUGGUUUCUUUCCUAUCCACUGUUCAUAAAAAGUAGAGGAAGUUCCUUUCCUCAUUGUGACUCUGUUAUGAACAUAGCAGGCUGUGUUCAUUGCUUCAGCCUAAAAGUACAUAGGCAGCUUCUUUGCAUGGAUCAUAGCUCUGGCUGAUUCUUGUAUAGUCCUAUUUUUCCUUUAUACUACUCCAUUUUGUUGAGGUUUAAUAGGUGAGGAAAAUUCAUGAUUGAUUCCUUCAGACGAGUAGAAUUCAGCAAAUUUGGCAUUCUCAAAUUCCUUUCCAUGAUCACUCCUUAUUCUGAUUACAACAUUUUCCUUUUCUCUUUGCAGUCUAGUGCAUAGGUCCUUGAACACCUCAAACACAUCUCAUUUUUCUCUAAUAAAACUUAUCCAUGUGUAUCUGGAGUAAUCAUCAACCACCACAUAUGUAUACCUUUUCCCUCCAAGACUUUCUACCUGCAUUGGUCCCAUUAGAUCCAUAUGUAAUAGUUCCAGAGUUUUGGAAGUAGUGAGUUGAUUAAUCUUUGGAUGAGACAUCCUGGUUUGUUUUCCAGCAUGACAUUCUCCGCAUACUUUACCUUCGUCAAUCUGUAGCUUUGGAAUUCCUCUCACAGCUUCCUUGUUUAUGAUCUUCUUCAUUCCUCUCAGAUGUAGAUGACCCAGUUUUUGAUGACACAGUCUUACCUCUUUUUCUUCUUUUGCCAUGGUGUUAGCUGGAGAUUUCGAUUGAAGAAAAUGUUUCUUGAAGAGUUGGAGUUCGAAGAAAAAUGGCUUCUGAUGGCCAUGUGUGAGGAUGUUAUUUAAGAUGAAGAUGAUUGAAAUCGAAGCUGAAUCAAGAUAGAUUGUCUUUGAGACUUAAGUGUUUUCUCGAAAUACAAAGAGUACUGAAGCUUGGCGUAUUUUGUGGCAUCCUCGUUAAAGAUCACGUUGCCAUGUAUCGAAAGAGAAUUCAGGCGAGAGGAUUUGAAUUUCGACAUUUUCUGUAUAACCGAACGAGAACAGAUGGCGCCCCAGGGAUUCGAAGCGUAUGCAUGUGAGCAACGUGGCGUUUCGUUAGUGUAGGACCGCUAGGGUCGAAUUAGUAUAAAUAAUGGUCUUAGUAUCAGGAUCCAGUGUGUUCAUUUUGUACAAAUCACUCACAAAUCACUCAAGUAUCAAGUGUUAAGAGAAAGAGUUCGCUGAGAAAUGUACGUAUGACACCACACAUUUAAUAUGUUUGUAUUUCUAUUACAGAAUCGAAAUGUCUUUUAAUUUCCUUUACUUUUUCGCCUAGUCUUUCUUGUAGUUUAAGUCUCUUUAUGUUCUUCGAUAAAUCUUUACAUUUCUGCACUUUACAAUUAUUGCAUUUUACAUUCUUGUACUUUACGUUUCUGAAAGUUACAUUCCUUUAUCAUUUCGUCAAAGUCUUUUUCUUACAUUUAUAACCAGUUUAUGUUUCAAUUGUGCACAUUCUAUGUUAGUUUAUUUCGCAAGUUACUUAUAUGUUCAUACUAUAACCGAGUUUCGACGCAAAAGACCAACAAAAAUGAAUCAAAUUAUCUCAAGAGACAACUAUUUGACUAUGUCCUAGGAUCAAUCUAGUCGAUCCUGCGAGUAACCAAAGUAUAUAUUUAUAGUUUGGAGGACUAGCGAUUGUUUACCGAAAAUCACCGUAAACAAAUUGGCACGCCCAGUGGGACAGUGUCAAACAGAUUGUCAUUAAUUUGUUGUUUUGUUUUUGUCUAGAAUAUAUCAAGACCUUGUAUGAAUCUUAGGAACGGUAAAUUAACCAACAGUGCACCACCGAUUCCUAAACGAAGGUACAACAAGAAAAUGGUCAAUUUGUCCAGUGGAAGGGGAGAUUAAGAUCCCCCACAAGGGUCAGGAACAGUAGCAGCAAGUACUACAAAUGUUUCGACUUCUAUGUCAAAAGCGCAGGAGAUACCCGAGCCAUGCCCGAAAAUACAUCAGGGCCAACAGGAACAGUCCCAGUUUCCAGUUCGACCACUGUGCCUCACUUCACAAGCACGACAAAAAUACCACAUUUUGCGGCAAAUUUCGUAAAUCAACAACAAACCCCAAGGCCAUCGUCAUCAUCAUUCGAGGGUUGGAGACCUGGAAAACCAUAUGGAAUGCCGUUUUCAUAUAUGACAGGAUUACAUGGUGCAGGACCUACAUAUACUCAACCUGGUGCGACAAUAUUUUUGCCUAAUGCAUGUUCGAUAGAUUGAAGCGCGCAAAAUAUAGGCCCAUCGGGCCAAAUGCCUCCAUUAACGACCAGCAGUCAAGUAGUAUUUCGGCAUGAGAUGGAUGCAAGUAACCACGAUAUGGUGGGUAUUCUUGCUAGAGAAAUAGGAUCGAUCUUUACUCCCUUAGUAGCAAACAUUACCAGGACUAACCAGGAUAAUGUAGAAAUAUACCAAAAAAUAUCUUCACAAAUAGGUCGAAUGGCAGAUUUCUUACGGGUCCCUCAAACUAGGCAAAGAAAUAACCAAUCUACCUAUCGAGAAGGUGACCCAAUCUUAGAACGAGUUCAAGAUGUAGUUCCGCCACCUAGCCAGGUACCCGUCAAAAGAAAUCAAGUAAUAGAUUUAGAAAAUCAGAAUCACGGGACCAAUGCUGGCCAACAACAAGUUCCCCAGGAACAGCCUAGGCUAGUUGUAGUAGGUAGGGACGAACAUCCAUACGAAGUAUUACACAGGGUUAGGAGAGAUAAUAUGGCAACAGAAAAUAACCUAACCGCCAUGAUAGAAAGAAUUAUGGCCAAUAAUGGCCUUAAUACUGGACUUCGACGUCCAAAUUACACUUCCCCUGUAGUGGAGUAUAUUAUGCAAACGGAAUUACCAAGAGGUACCAAAGUACCUAAAUUUACGAAAUUUUCAGGGGACACUAGUGAAUCGACUGUGGAACACAUAGCCCGAUACAUGACAGAGGCUGGUGAUUUAGCAGGCAACGAAAACUUGAGAAUUAAAUAUUUCCCUAGUUCGCUAACAAACAAUGCUUUCACAUGGUUUACAACCUUACCCCCAAAUUCCAUAGAUGCGUGGGCACACUUGGAGAGAUUGUUCCAUGAACAAUUCUAUAUGGGCCAAACCAAGAUAAGUUUGAAAGAGUUGGCUAGCAUUAAGAGGAAAUUCACUGAACCCAUAGAUGAUUAUUUGAAUAGGUUCCGUUUGCUGAAAUCAAGAUGCUUCACAGUUGUUCCAGAACACGAAUUAGUCGAAAUGGUUGCAGGAGGUCUAGACUAUUCAAUUAGAAAGAAACUGGAUAAUGAAUAUUUGAGGGAUAUGGCCCAACUAGCAGAUAGAGUUCGACAAGUCGAACGAUUGAAAGCCGAAAAGGCCAGGGCGAACAAGAAUUAUAAGAAGGAGAGAGUGGCAUACAUUGAGGCUGAAGAUGCUGAAGGCGAGGCCUUCGAAGAUUCAUAUAGUUUUGAAGAGGUCGAAAUAGACUUAGCCGAAUUAAAAGAAGCGCCACCCUAUUCUUGUAAAUUGCUCACCCCUUCGAAUGGGAAAAAUCCAAUCGAGAAUGACAAAAGUGAUAAAUUUCCAAAGAAAACUUAUACUUUUGAUGUCACUAAAUGUGACGAAAUAUUUGAUUUACUAGUAAAAGAUGGCCAGAUGAUAGUGCCUCCCGGUUCCAAAGUUCCUCCAUUGGAGCAAUGGAAGAAACGAGGCUUUUGUAAAUAUCAUGGUGUUUUAGGCCAUAAAACCUCACAGUGCUUUCUUUUCAGGGAUCUAAUUCAGAAUGCUAUCAAGGAUGGACGUUUGAAGUUCGCAGAUAAGACAAAGAAUCACAUGAAAGUCGAUGCUGAUCCCUUGAACGUUGCUGACACAAGCUACGCUGAACCAGUUGACAUCAAUAUGGUGGAUGUGUCUGAAGCUGACAUUGCUGAAUCGGAGAUGGUUUCAACCGAAAAGCAGGCAACUGAGAGCCUAAAUGACAAUGUAAUCUUCAAUACUGAUGUUGAAGAGUCCUUCGAGGCAGAAAUCACUGAAGAAAACUAGCGAGGCCACUGAAGACCUUAGGGUGAAACUUCAACAGAUACAGAUCUCUAAAGCUCCCCUAGCAGGCGUAAACAUGGUGAAUGUUAGGCAACCUUUAUCUGAAAUAAAGGAACUAGAGAAGUGUCUGCUGAGAGAAAAGGGAAACUAUGGAAGUCCACAGACAGGUGGAAGUUUGAAAGAUUAUCUCUGGAGGUGUCUUGAGAAAAAUGCUGGACGGAUGCUAAUGUGUUCAAGGUGCUCGAUUAUGCUGAAUCGAAGGGUCCAAGAUAACUAUGAAAGGGCCCAACGAAACAAGAUGCAGCAGCCCUGGAGGGAAGGAAACCAACUGUUGAAGGUUUAUCCAAGGCCAGAAGAAAGCUUGGUGAGUUUCUUGGUUAGGUGUCACAAGAAGAAGACAUAGAUCGUAUGUGUCCCAGAUGUGGGGCAGUCUAUGAUAACCUUAUGGAACAAUCAUUCGAAAGGGUGCUAUUUACCACUGGUUGGGAGACUCAAGGACUCUGUCCCAACAUGUAUGUAUUCGACAAUCGAACACCAUCAAAAAGGUCGGAUAGUCCUCAUCCUAAAGCUUGAAGAGUGACAUUCAGACUUCCUGCAGACAUACCCAUGGAUAGAUGGACACAAGCUGGUGCAAGAAAUAACAAAUGGCGAAGUUGGGACCAAGGUGGACGAACUGCAAUGGCUUAUAGGAAGCAGUUCCAGGCAUCAAAUUAAGAGACGUACAGACUGGAGAAUUACAAAGGAAGAAACCCAAUGUCUAGAUCUCAAUGGAGAAGACACCAAAGAAUGAAGAAAGCCCAGAAAGAAUACAAGGCAAAGGAGGCCGGGGAGUCUAGCAGCACUAAAGUCCCAAUGCAGGGGGCAAGGUCAAGCAAACCUCCGGUAGAAUGCAAGCUAUUCAGUUUUGAAAAUGAGAAAGAAGAAGAAAGGAUGCAGUCUAGUCCUUGGAAAGAAGAUGAUAGAUUGACUAAUGAUUUCGACUCAGAUGGAGUAUCAUCCAUAAACUUCAACUACAAUGUGGUUUCUGUACUUCCCCACGAGUUUUACCAAGAGACGGAGGUUGAAGACUGCGAAGAAGCUGAUGUAGAAGAAAUGGAGAAACACAGACCUGUGUGUUAUUAUGUGUUGAAUAAUGGGGCUGUUAAAGAACAUAAUACAUUUUUUGAAAGACCUGACCAAGGUAUGAGGAAUCAUUUGAAACCCCUUUAUAUAAGAGCUAAAAUUGAAAACGUGGGCAUUAACAAAGUCCUAGUUGAUGGAGGGGCAGCAGUGAAUCUAAUGCCCCAAUAUAUGCUGAAAAGGAUUGGUAUGUUCGAUACCGACAUAAGGCCUCAUAAUAUGGUUUUGUCCAACUAUGAAGGGAAGGUAGGACAUACCUUGGGAGUAAUCCAAGUGAACUUAACUGUGGGUUCAGUCACAAGGCCUACGAUGUUCAUGGUUAUACCAGCAAAAUCAAACUAUAACCUUUUGUUGGGAAGAGAAUGGAUCCAUGGGGUUGCUGCAGUACCUUCGACAAUGCAUCAGAGACUAACUAUCUGGAGAGAAGAUGGUAUAGUGGAAAACAUAGAAGGUGAUCAGAGUUACUAUAUGGCUUAUGUUAACCAAGUCAACAAGACUAGUUUCGACAGAAACUUAGCCAAUAUAGGGCCAUGCAAUGCAGCAGAAGAUAUAUACGCUCCAAUUAAAAAUGCUAUGUAUUAUCUAUCCUUACACCCAAAUGGAUUCCAGUGGAACAGAGAAAUAAUGGACGGUCCAGAUGACACAGAACCUGUCGAAGGAUUACCAGGAAUACGGCCAACUGGCUGGGACGAAGGCGGUAAUUAUGCCUGAGUCAUCUGUCUUCGAAAAGAUUUCGGCUUACAUAGCCGAAAACAAAAGAAAAGCAGCUCUUGAGGCCGAACAAGCAAACAUGGUUGUCGAAGCCAUUCGCAAAGAAUCAGAAGUACCAAGCCCGGGGAUACACUUUAUCCCACAACCACCUGACAACGAAAUACAUGACGAAUAGGUUUCAAGCAAAGAAGCAAGUCAAAUAUUAGACGCAAUCUAUGAUGAAGAACCUUUGGGGUUUGAAAAAUAUCCAAUGGCUCCAAAUAUAAAGAUGUUAGCUCAAGACCCACUCGAAGAAGUAAAUCUUGGAGAUGAAAGUCGAAAAAGGGUGACAUACAUUAAUGCAAAGUUAGAGCCAGCCAUAAAGUCAAAAGUUAUUGCGUUACUAAAGGAAAAUAAAGAUUGUUUCGCCUGGGACUAUGAUAAGAUGCAUGGUUUAGGGAGAGAUUUGGUCGAACUGAAGUUGCCUAUAAAAGAAGGGAAGAAGCCCAUCAAGCAAACUCCCAGAAGGUUCGCACCAGAAAUCCUCUCAAAGAUUAAAGCAGAGGUCGAAAGACUUCUUCGGUGCAAAUUCAUUAGGACUACGAGGUACGUCGAAUGGAUUGCUAAUAUUGUACCAGUUAUUAAAAAGAAUGGUUCUUUAAGGGUAUGUAUAGAUUUUCGUGAUCUAAAUGCAGCCACCCCUAAAGAUGAAUAUCCUAAGCCUGUGGCAGAAAUGUUAGUAGACUCAGCCGCAGGCUUCGAAUAUCUAAGUAUGCUAGAUGGAUAUUUAGGAUACAAUCAAAUUUUUAUUGCAGAAGAAAAUGUGUCCAAAACGGCCUUUCGUUGCCUUGGAGCAAUAGGUACCUAUGAAUGGGUCGUUAUACCUUUUGGCUUGAAAAAUGCUGGGCCAACUUAUCAAAGAGCAAUGAAUUCUAUAUUUCAUGAUUUUAUAGAAACAUUCAUGCAGGUGUACAUAGAUGAUAUUGUUGUAAAGUCUGUUUCAGAUGAUAGUCAUCUUGAUCAUCUCAGCCAAUCAUUCGAAAGAAUGAGAAAACAUGGCUUAAAGAUGAAUCCCCUUAAGUGUGCUUUCUUUGUGCAGGCUGGAGAUUUCCUGGGCUUCGUAGUCCACAAAAAGGGAAGAGAAAUUAAUCAGAAUAAAAAAAAGGCUAUUAUGGAAACAAAGCCUCCAUCCACGAAGAAAGAAUUGCAAACACUAUUGGGAAAGAUAAACUUCUUAAGAAUAUUUAUCUCUAAUUUGAGUGGGCGUACGCAAGCUUUUUCCCCCUUACUUCGACUGAAGCAAGGAAGAUUCGAAUGGCAUGCUGAACAUCAAGAAGCUUUUGAGAAAAUCAAGCAAUAUUUGAUGCAUCCACCCAUCUUAUCCCCCCCAAAUGGAAAGAAGCACAUGCGCCUGUAUAUCUCAGCUUUAGAUAAUACAAUAGGUAGCAUGUUAGCACAAGAAGAUGAAAAUGGCAUCGAAAGACCCAUUUAUUACUUAAGUAGAGUACUCAAUGAUGCAGAGACUAGGUAUAGCGACAUAGAAAAAUUCUGCCUUUGUUUAUAUUUCUCUUGUAUCAAACUCAAGUAUUAUAUAAAGCCAGUUGAUGUUUACGUUUCAUCUCAUUUUGAUGUUAUUAAACAUAUGCUAUCCAAACCAAUAUUGCAUAGUCGAAUUGGCAAAUGGGCUUUGGCCCUUACUGAGUACUCUCUAAUCUUUGAACCUCUUAAGGAAAUGAAGGGACAAAUCGUGUCAGAUUUCAUUGUGGAUCAUGCAGUGGUUGAAAAUCCUUAACAAUACGUAGACUUGAAGCCUUGGAAGUUGUACUUUGAUGGUUCAACACAUAAAGAGGGAAGUGGAGUUGGUAUUCUCAUAAUUUCUCCUGAUGGAAUUCCAACAAAGCUCAAGUAUAAAAUUGAAGGCCCUCUAUGCUCCAAUAACGAGGCUGAGUACGAAGCAUUGAUUGCUGGACUUGAAGCCUUGUUAGAAUUGGGGGCAACCAGAGUCGAAAUUAAAGGAGACUCAGAAUUAGUGAUAAAGCAACUGACGAAAGAAUACAAAUGUAUCAAAGAGAAUUUGAUCAUGUAUUUUUUCAUAGCAAAUAGGUUGCUUAAAAAAUUUGAAUAUGUGGAUUUAAAACACGUCUCAAGGGUAAAUAAUCAAGAAGCAAAUGAUUUGGCACAAUUAGCCUCAGGAUACAAAGUAUCAAAGGAAAAAUUAGAAGAAUUGAUCGAGGUGAGAGGCAAAUCAAUGGCCACAAAGUUAUCUCCAAGCGAUCUGGAUAACUCACAAUUAGGCUUCGCCAACGAAGAGGAAUUUGAAGUUUUAAAUAUAGAUUCCUUAGCAUACACGGAUUGGAGGAGUCCAAUUGUAGAUUACUUGAGGGAUCCUUCGACAGAUACGAAUAGAAAGGUGAAAUAUAGAGCCUUAUCAUACUUCUUGAUGGGAAAUGAAUUGUUUAAGAAAACCCCUGAGGGAGUCUUAUUAAAAUGCUUGGGCGAAGCUGAAGCGUACUUGGCACUCUCGAAUGUGCACAGUGGGGCAUGUGGUGCUCAUCAAGCGGGGCACAAAAUGAAAUGGCUUUUGUUCCGUUAUGGAAUGUAUUGGCCCACUAUGUUAAAAGAUUGCAUAGAGUUCGCCAAAGGUUGUCAGGAGUGUCAAGAACACACAAGUAUUCAACAUGCGCCUGCAAAUGAAUUGAGUUCAAUCAUAAAACCAUGGCCUUUCAGAGGUUGGGCAUUAGACUUAAUUGGAGAAAUCCGUCCCACAUCAUCCAAAGGCCAAAGAUAUAUAUAUAUUAGUGGGAAUCGACUAUUUCACAAAGUGGGUUGAAGCAAUACCACUAGCCAAUGUAGACCAAGAGGCUGUGAUUGAGUUUAUCCAAAAACACAUAUUAUAUAGAUUUGGAAUCCCAGAAAGCAUAACCACAGACCAGGGAUCAGUGUUUACUGGUCGAAAGAUGCAAGAAUUUCCGAAAGAGAUGGGAUUCAAGUUGUUCACUUCUACACCUUAUUAUGCUCAAGCAAAUGGACAAGUCGAAGCAGCCAAUAAAGUGAUAAUCGGUCUGAUAAAGAAACAUGUAGGAAAAAAACCUAAGAAUUGGCAUAAGACCUUGGACCAGGCACUUUGAGCUUGUCGAACAUCACCAAAAGAAGCCACCAAUACUAAACCUUUCCAAUUGACGUUCGGACACGAUGCAGUACUCCCAGUCGAAAUAUACUUGCAAUCAGUCAGUAUUCAGAGACAAGAAGAAAUUCCCCCAAAUGUAUAUUGGGAAACGACGAUGAAUGAGUUAGUUUAUCUGGACGAAGACAGACUUCGAGCAUUGGAAAUGAUAAAAAGGCACAAAGAAAGGGUGUCAAGAGCAUACAACAAAAAGGUGAAAGGUAAAACAUUUAUUAACAAUGACUUAGUUUGGAAAGUUAUUUUGCCUAUAGAUCGAAAGAACCAAGCUUUAGGCAAAUGGUCUCCACACUGGGAAGGCCCUUUUCGAAUCUUAAAGUUAUUUUCAAAUAAUGCUUGAGAUAGAAGAGUUGGUAGAAGAUCGUAGGAUCUUAAAAGUGAACGGGAAGUAUCUGAAAAGAUACAAGCUAGUCAUGCAUGAAGUGAAGAUUGCAAAAACGUAAACAUUAAACAUAGAUGUUGUGAGCCAAAAUGGUAAAACAUUCGCCAAAAUGGAUUUAUCUUUAUGCAAGUCAAAUAAUAUAAAGUAAGAAGACUAAUGAUGUCAAAAUACAUUCCAUUAUGUUAAAGGAUUAAGGGUACAUCCAGUCAAAAUGGUUGCAUGGUAUGCAAACCAAAGUUACAAAAAUUACUACUAAAAUAAGUGUUCAAAAUUAUGGAUAGCAAAGAUAAAAACCAAGACCCACAACGCCUCCAACAAUGCCUCCAACAAUGCCUCCAACAAUGCAUCCUUCAGUUAAUCCUAUUUUGCAAACCCUCUAAGUUCAGCAGGGGCAAGCUUUCCGCUUCAAAAGGAUCAAGGAAUCCUUCCUUGCGCAACUGUUUUACUAACCCUUGUUUAAUAAACAUGUGGGAUAGUAAUCUUCCGUAGGGAAGACAAGAAGGUUUGUCUUGGCGAGAGGAAGCAAUAGCAACGGCUUCGGUAAGAUGUUUGAAAAUCAUCAGUGGUAUGUUGAUUUUCUUUUUCUGGAGAGCACAUAGCAUGAACUCCAGGUCUUCCACCAUAAUGCUUUCCUGAUCCUCCUUUCGUGGGAGAAAGUUGCCCACUAGAAGUUGAUGCCAAAUCCUACAGAGGAGGUCGUUGAAGGGAUCGUUAGCAAAGAUGCUCGUUAAAACGGAAGAAGUACUCAUGGUAAAAGAGUUGUCAACAAAAACUUCUCCAGAGUUCUCACAUCUCAGCACUUCAGAGAUGAAUGAUGGAGAGAUGGUAAUGCGGGAUCCACGGACUUGGGAAACAAUGGUGGUUUUCCCUUCUGAAUCCAUCUGGAGGGAUGCAAACAUCCAGAAAUCCGCCAACAUGUUUGGGUAAACAGACCCUUCUAGGAUUCCUUGGUAAACUUGUAAGUUUUGAGAGGAAAACAGUUCAUUAACGUUAACGCCGCUUUGAUCAAACUCUUCGGCAGAGAGUUUGAACUCUUUCUUGAUAGCAGAUUUGAUAUUGUUAUAAGAUAGAGGUGUCAUUGUUGCAAGAAAGUUCAAGAAAGAGAAAACCUUGAUGAAAAUAUGGAAGAGGAUGAAUAAACGAUAAGAAUGGUAAGGUUUAUAUAGAGGACGUUGGUCUUAGAGAGUGGUUAUGCUUUAAAUUCCGAUUGGACCGCGUGUGGUUUCCCCCGAGGGAAGAUGUGGUGUCCGCCGUUUCUAGCCUUGGAAGUUGAAGUGUAAUCAUGUUAGAAACUGAUACACGCACGUCUUAAUUAGACGUUUUGAAAAAGUGAUGUCAUUAUUAAAUGAUUGUUACGGCUAGUGGAGUAGAAACGUCAAAUCAAAAACUAAGUGGCUGCGAAGGGUAAUCAUAUCACGUGUAUACGCUAUCGAGGUCAUUAUGAUAGUUGAAAAAAUAGAUUUUGACAAUUUAAGAAUUGUUAAAAUUUUAGUUGUGACAUUGCAUGAUAGGAUAUAUGGAUAGUUAAAAGACAAAUCAUACAUAUAUUCAUUGACCAGUCUGAUUACAAAAGGUAGAACAAGUGCAAAACGAAAAGGCAUUACAAAGGUUAUCAUAAUUAAUUGAAGUCUUCAGGAAGAUUAUUUUUCAUUUUGGAAUAUUGGGAUGCCUAUAAUGACAAACGGCGUUCGAUUAUUGCUUGCUGCUUCUUCAGCUCUUCGAUUUCUGGUACUAAUUUCUGCGCCGUUUCGAGAUGUUGAAUCCCCGUUUGCACCACUUCAUCCAAUUCAUUCUGCUUGGAUUGUUUGAUUUCCUCUUGACGAGACUUGGCGGUUUUAAUCUUCUCUUCGAGAAGUUCAAUUUCUUGUUCCCAAGAUUUGAUGUCCGCUCCACAGGUUUCAUACUCCUUUUGACGCUUUGCACGCUCAAGCUCAAGGGCACCAGCUUUGGUAGUUGCUUCAUUAGCAGCUUUCCACGAAGAACUAUGAGAAGUUACUUUCGUGUUGAGCUUUUGGUCAACAUCUCGCUUUCGAAGGUUGUCAGCUUGAAGUUGAUCAAGCAGAGAAGUUAGUGAAACAAUCACUUGUGAGACUUCGUCAGAAACCUGGAGUAGAUCCACCUUCUUUAAAAGAUUGUUCAGCCCAAAGCAGCUGGUGGAAUCUUUGCUCAGAACUUUGAUAAGGUUAGUUUCAAAGAACUUUUUCUUUAUCUGGCGAAGGAGGUUUGGAAUAUCAUUUCCUGAAUCACUUUCCACCAAGAUGUUCGAAGAAGGCUCAACCAUGGUGGGUGAAACAUUUUUGGCAUUCAUCAUAGCCUUGAGGAAAUUUACAGGAUCAUUGGUUUUAAGUUGAUCUAAUUCAGCUGGAGUAAGUUCAAAAAAAGUUUUGGUUGAAGUAGUCGCAGGAGCAAUAAUAGUACCAAAGGUUGAAGUUUCAAUAUGACCUGAUUUUUAUAAACUAGAAACUUCAUCCAUAGCUUCAUCCCCAAAGUUGGUAUCCUCAUUUCUGGUGGAGUGCUCAGAUACGUCUCCAGUAUUAGAAUGUUGAGGAGGAUCCUCCAUAUCUUCGCCUUGAUUGAUAACGGGAGAUUCAUCAUUCGAAUGAGUAUCUUCAGUCUGCUCAGAAGAAGCAGCUUUGGUGCUGGGUUCAUUUUCUUCGAGAAAUAAAGAAAGGCUAGGAGAUUUUUGUUGAGGAAUUCAAAGCAUAUAAAGGUUUACCUUGGGGAUUAUCAAGAUCAAGGUUGAGAAUUGAAGCUUUGAAAUCAGAAGUAGCUGUGCCUGCAUCAUCCUACAAAUGCAAGGUAAAAUAUAAGCUUAGCAUAGAAGGUUAAGCACAAUGGAGUAUUAAAGUCCAAUAUUUGAUACCUUGAGAGGGAUAUUAUCGGGGCUCGAAUUAUGACUUUCGACAACUGGGACAUUACUAGUGGUUUUCAAAGGUAGUUCAUCAGAGGAUACUUUAUCGCUUGACGAAGUAAGCUUUGAAGUUCCAGAUCCCCUUUCUUUAGCUGAAGAAAUGGUGGCCUUUUAUCUUUUCUUCACAGCUUGUCUGGUACGAGGAGGAGAUUUGUCUUCGUCAUCUGAAGCACUGAUGUUCGAAUAUUUUCGCUUUGAAGUUGGUGGAGGUUUCGAACUCUGAGAAUAUUCAUACUGAGAAAAGUGGAUAAUAUUCAGAAUAAGCGCACAAGUUAAAAUAUGAGAAUAUAUAUAUACCGUUGGUUUCUUGCCAGUGGUGAUAGGAUCACUCCCACUUGCUUUGUUGCUUCUCGAUGCAUCAACAUCCUUUUGUGCAGCCGCCUCCUUAAUUACUUUUUUUCGACCUACAGCUGUGAACAAAAUAAAAGUCAGUAUAUAGGUAAGGAAAGAAUGUUAAUCGAAGGAUUAUCCAGACCCCAACCUUCAGGUAUUGGAGUCAAAACACGAACGUGCUCAAGACUUAUAAGAUGAUGUCCCUUGAAAUUAUCCAAGGUACGCUUAGUCGGAACCAAUCGUUCAGCGCGUUUUUUGGAUUGUUCGCAAAGGAUUUUUGGGACAUUCCCACACACAAACCAGUCUGGAAAAGGAGGACUUAAAGCCACACCAAAAUCAGCACUAGAUAGUGGAAGGAAUUUUGGAGGAUAAAGUUUGAAAGCCACUUCAUAACGUUGUUCAGGUCGAACAUACGUGGGCAAUUUCAGCUUAUCCAGUUUGGUGGAAAAUUUUUCACGCAAAAUGACCGCAGCUUUAUGAACGGUCCGACUAAGAUCAUCAGGCCUAUAGAUAGUUUCAAAGAAUAUUUGAAAGUCUUGAAUUUCUUUAAUAUGAGUCGAAGUACCUUUUUUGAAGUUCGCCUGCACAUCAGCAAAAGCUUCAGUUAGUUCUUGUGAAAGACUUUCAGCAUCGAAGAUUUGCUUGGUAUAAUACUCUAUCCACCAUUGAUGGAAAUCUAUGGUAGAAUAGAAAGCAGGCUCGAAGGAAAUAGGAGAGAGGGUCGUGAUGCCGACAUAUUUGGAGAUUUUAGACUCAUAGUCUUCUUCAGAUAAGUGCAUAGUGUGCAGACACAUAUGAUUUCUCUUUUCAUACAGGCAUUUUGGUUUAAGUUGAACCAAUCCAAAUUGUCUUGAUACGAGAUUUGGUUGGUAACAAAGGAGACAGCAAUGACUCUUGGGAGAUCGUAAUCGAUGGUACAGCAGUUUAGGUGUCAGAAAAGCCUCCCAGAUAACCAUGGAUUCAGCUUGUUGAUCUGGAGAAGUUGCUGGGAAUUCUCGUGUGAAACAUUCGGGACCUACUCCUCUUUUCACAAAUGGAGCCAAAGAAGGACUAAACUGAUAACGUUUAGCAAACAUCAUCAUGUACGCUCGAAAAGUCUCCUGAAGCUUUCUUGGUUCUUCUUUGGGAGUUAGGUGGGCUAAUCUAGUCCCUUUGACUGUUCGAUUUCGGAUUGCCAUAUCUUCUUCGUCCACAACACCUCUACGUGGGAGAUAAGCUUCGAAAGUAGCAUUGAGCCAUAGCUAUAGUAACCAGAAGGGUCCAGCGAAGAUAAGAGAUCCUGAUUUGUAUUCUUUGACGAGAUCUGUUGCUUCGCCAAGAUUUUCAUAAAGGAACCCUAAAAUUAACUGGCUUAAUUUUAAUUUCUUGCCAGCAUUUAUCUGGUUAGCCAUACAAAGGUACCUCUUUGCCACUUGGAGAGAUCUAGAACAAAAAAACGCAUCUCGAAAGCCAGAGUGCCAGAAAUGCAAUAUGUUCUUCAUCUACGACUUCAGUAGUCGUUUGGACAUGGUGUCUCUGGAUGAAAGCAGUAUAGGUGGCUUUGAUUUCAUUAAAUUGGAUGGUGUCAGUAUCCAUAUAGUUGGGAUCGAAAACUUCCCCAGUUGGUCGAAGCCCUAUAAUAAUGGCUAUAUCGAAGAGAGUUGGGGUAAUCAUUCCACAAGGAAGGUGAAAGGUAUUGUGAGAAGCAUCCCAAAAAUAUACUGAUGCUACUAACAUGGUUUGGUUGUAUUCUAAACCUGUUUUGGAUAAUUGAAUUAGAUCAUAAAUCCCUAAUUCUUUCCAGAACGGAGCCUUUUUGUUUUCUACCUUAGUCAACCAAGCAUAAUACAGUUCAGGAUCCUUUUCUAAAGGGAUUGAUCUAAAUACUUUUAGGAAAUUGGUCGCAUAAUUCAACCUAAUUUUCUCUAAGGCUACAGUGGCUUCAGUCGAAGCGUCACCUACAUUGGCAGUUUCAGCUAAGAUUAGGUUACCAUCUUCUUCUAUUUUGUUCUUACUAACUAAGGGCCUAGUCUUAUAGUAAACAGGAAAGAAUUUACCCAGAGAAGAACUACUACUUCCAAGUAAGGGACCCAUAAAAGCAUGAGUUUUUCCAGAAAGAACAAAAGGGAUGAUUACCUGAGAAGCGUAAAUGGCACGAGUUUCUGCUACGUUUGGGUCUGGAAUGUAUUGUUGGUUACCUAUCUGUGUAGGGCGUUGAAACUGUUGAACAAGUUGGAGAGCGUUUGAAGUUCCCGACGUGGAGGUUUGAAUGGUGGGAGACGCCAUGGAUGCGACUGCUUCAAGAAUUAGGUUAGAAAACCAAAAAGGGUUUUUUGUGUAUUUAGUCGCAGAAGAAUGAAAGACAAGGUUGUGUGAAGGCUAAAAGCUUGAGUAUUUAAAGGUUUAGUAAGAACCUUUUCAAGCCUUUUUGAAUAGAGGUCAAAAGGACACGCGGCAAGAGAUGAUUUAAUCUAACGGCGGUCGAACAGUUGUUAGCCUUACUCCUAGUAUCUAGGAGCAAUGAUCACGAGUAAUGACAAAACGUGGGAAUGCAUGUUUUAAAGAGACGUUUUUGAAAAUGACAAGACGUUUUGAAAGGUAAGUCAUAAAUGAUUGUGACGUUAGUCAGAUGUCUUGGAACUCUAAAAACUGAGUAAAAUGAAAUCUCAUCAUGACAAGAAACGCCUAUUUCUCUUGUUUUUUGAAACAGGCAUUUAUUGGGGGCAAUUUGUUAGCUGGAGAUUUCGAUUGAAGAAAAUGUUUCUUGAAGAGUUGGAGUUCGAAGAAAAAUGGCUUCUGAUGGCCAUGUCUGAGGAUGUUAUUUAAGAUGAAGAUGAUUGAAAUUGAAGUUGAAUCGAGAUAGAUUGUCUUUGAGACUUAAGCGUUUUCUCGAAAUACAAAGAGUACUGAAGCUUGGCGUAUUUCGUGGCAUCCUCGUUAAAGAUCACGCUGCCACGUAUCGAAAGAGAAUUCAGGCGGGAGGAUUUGAAUUUCGAAAUAUUCUGUAUAACCGAACGAGGACAGAUGGCGCCCCAUGGAUUGGAAGCGUAUGCAUGUGAGCAACGUGGCAUUUCGUUAGUGUAGGACCGUUAGGGUCGAAUUUGUAUAAAUAAGGGUCUUAGUAUCAGGAUCCAGUGUGUUCAUUUUGUACAAAUCACUCACAAAUCACUCAAGUAUCAAGUGUUAAGAGAAAGAGUUCGCUGAGAAAUGUACGUAUGACACCACACAUUUAAUAUGUUUGUAUUUCUACUUACAGAAUCAAAGCAUCUUUAAAUUUCCUUUACUUUUUCGCCUAGUCUUUCUUGUAGUUUAAGUCUCUUUAUGUUCUUCGAUUAAUCUUUACAUUUUUUCUGCACUUUACAAUUAUUGCAUUUUACAUUCUUGUACUUUACGUUUCAGAAAGUUACAUUCCUUUAUCAUUUCGCCAAAGUCUUUUUCUUACAUUUAUAACCAGUUUAUGUUUCAGUUGUGCACAUUCUAUGUUAGUUUAUUUCGCAAGUUACUUAUAUGUUCAUACUAUAACCGAGUUUCGACGCAAAAGACCAACAAACAUGAAUCAAAUUAUCUCAAGAGACAACUAUUUGACUAUGUCCUAGGAUCAAUCUAGUCGAUCCUGCGAGUAACCAAAGUAUAUAUUUAUAGUUUAGAGGACUAGCGGUUGUUUACCGGAAAUCACCAUAAACACAUGGAACAUAUAGAUGGAAGACUUGCGGUUCUGGGUUCCCACAAGUAAUAGUUGUCUUUGGAUCUGACUCCUUUCAUGACCUCCACAUUCUCUUCAUUAGUUACUACACAUUCAUCUUUGGUAAAUCUGACUCUUAGACCUUGAUCACACAAUUGACUGAUGCUGAUUAAGUUUGCAGCUAGUCCUUUUACCAGCAGAACAUUGUCUAGUUGAGGAGCUCCAGAAUGUCCUAGUUUCCCUACCCCUUUGAUUUCCCCUUCGGCUCUAUCACCAAAAGUCACAGAGCUAGUGGAAUGAGGCUUGAUAUCUUCUAACAUGUUCUUCAUUCCAGUCAUGUGUAUUGAGCAUCCAUUAUCAAAAUACUAGUCUCCUUUGGUUGACACCCUCAAAGAGGUGUGAGCAAUUAAGGCAGAAAGUUUGGCAACCCAUUUUUGUUUCUUGAUAAGAUCGUGCUGCUUGGGCUUGUCCUGAGCUGUUUGAUAGGGGUAACCAUACAGUUUGAAGCAAAACGGUUUUAGGUGACCAAACCUUCCACAAUAGUGACAUCUCCAUCUUUGAAAUUUCUUCUUUGUUUAGUUCCAGUUUCUCUUUCUAUGAUGUCAUGACAUCGGUCCUGACAUCUGGUUGACCCGGUGAGCUGCAGGUUUUGACCUUUUGCAUCCUAAAUUAGAUUCAGGUUUUCCCUUAAAUCUUAACCCAGACAUGUUGCCUACUUCCUGUCCAAGUUCCAGAAUCUUUUCCAAGGAGUCAGUUCCAUUGUUCAGCAUUCUGAUCGAUCUUGACAUCUGAUCUAGUUUGAAGUUGAGCGUGCAGACUUCACCAUUGAGAUGUACUAUGGUUGCCAGAUGUUCUUUCUUCUCAGCUUCCAACUCUUCUAUAAGUUUCCUUUGCUUCUCCCUUAUUUUACCUACUUCAGUACUCUUGACACAUAGCUCAUUGUAAGAGGCUGCAAGUUCUUCAAAGGUAGGAUCCUUUGUACUGGAUUUGUAUUCAGGUGUACAUACACUAGUUAGUGCAGCACAUUUCUCUUCAGUAUCACUCUCAGAAUCUCCAUCAGACCAAGUGACAGACAACCCUUUCUUAUGCUCCUUGAGAUAGGUAGGACAUUCAGCUCUAAUGUGUCCAUAUCCUUCACAUGCAUGACACUGAACCCCUUUGCCUUGAUUGGCUUCUCUUCAGCUUUGAAUCUUCUGCUAGGAUCAUAGGUUUUGCUGAUGUCAUUGGAAGUAUUCUUGACAUUAAAUCUCUUAGGCAUUGAUCUGAGGAUCUUUCUUACCAGCUUUUCUUCAGACAUUUUUUCUCCUCAGGCUCUUGAGGUAUUUGCAAUCUCAAGGAUAUUCAUGUAGAACUAAUGAAUGGUCUCAUCCUCUUUCAUCUUGAGAUUUUCAAACUUGGUGAUAAGCAUUUGAAGUUUAGACAUCUUCACCUUGGAUGUGCCUUCAUGAGUUGUUUUGAGAAUAUCCCAAACUUCUUUAGCUAGAUCACAGUGCUGCACAAGUCUGAAUAUGUUAUUGUCAAUUCCUUUGAACAAGGCAUUUAGUGCCUUGGAAUUGCCCAAAGCCAGCUCUUCCUUAGUUUUACUCCAUUGUUCUUCAGGAAUUAGAACAGUGGUUCCAUCUUCCAUUACCUUCUCAGAAUGUUUCCAUCCGUUUUCUACAGCUCUCCAGGCCUUGCUGUCCACAGACUUUAAGACAGCUACCAUACGAGGUUUCCAGUAGUCAUAGUUAGACCCAUCCAGAAUGGGUGGUCUGUUCCCAAACACUAACAAUUCCUUAUCCAUAGUACUAGAGUUUUGUUGUCCCUAGAUCUCACCCAGAUGUAAACAGGCAGGGUGCCUGCUCUGAUACCAAUUGAAAAUUCUAGUAACUCACAUGCGAUGUCGUACUGGAUGUUAUGACAUCCACAAUCAUACAGAAUAAUACUUUAAAACAGAAGUGCAUAAAACAGUAAAGAACAUAACAAAUUGUUCACCAAGUUCGGUAUACAACAAUACCUAUUCUGGGGGCUACCAAGCUAGGGAGGGAAUCCAAUAUAAGCAAUAUUAAUUCAUAGUUAAACUCCCCCGUUUACAACUCCUCACUUAAGACCUACCCAAUGUAAUCCAAUCUAAUCCUAGACCUGAGGAUCUCCACUCACUCCCCCUCAAUCACAGCAGUGAUUACAAACAGACAUUAAUCAAAUAAGAGAGAAGACACACUUCAAAACACACCUUAAUCUGCUUAAAAGCUUCAAUCAAGAGACACACACUCGUGCUUAAAAGCUUAGAGUGACAAAGUACAAAAACAACCUAUUCCAAUACAAUCAUCAAAAGAAAAUUGCUUGGAGUACAAGAGACUAAACACAUAGACACAAAACUACGGUUCUUCACAAUUAACAAAUCUCUCUACAUUCCAAAUUAAGAUUGAAGUCUUCUUAUAUGCAGCUCUUGGGCCUCGAGCUUUCCAAGAAACAAAUUAGGGUUCACCAAGUUAACCUAAUUCACAUGUCAUUAGGCUGUUACAGAAUGUGUUGUUAACAAAAUCUUCUAGGAGAAAUAUUCAGCACACAAUAAAAUGUUUCCUACAUUGUAGAUUGAGAGAAAUCAGGAAACAUAAUAGUAAAACAUAACAGCUCCUACUGUCAACCAUGCAUGUCAUGACAUCGGUCAUGACAUUUACUGACAAAACUUGUAUUUACUUAAACAUAUGCAUCCUGCAUUACACCAUAUAAAGCAUGUCAUGACAUUGGUUAAGAAAUUAAACACCCAGGUAUGUUUUACCACCAAUGCAACCAACAUGAAAACACCUACAUAA